AUGACCCACGAAUCUUUGAUCACCAAUCUGACUCUAUACUACCAAACUCUCGCCGCGAUCCAUCACAUCUCUCCCGCCGACAUCCCCCCACCUCCAACCCGCAUCAACAUCCCCGCAGCCAACGAAGCCGGCCUAUCCUCCUCAGCAAUCUCCCUACUCCAAAGACUUCCACAACUGCACCCCGACCUCAACACACUUCCACUCCUCCCCGAUGGCACCCAACCAGUCUUCUACACUGACUCCGACCUCUCCUGGUCGCGAAGACCAACGUUUCAAGACGAUCCCGAGAUCUCUGUAGAUGCGUUCGUGUUGAGCAAUCCAAAUAUCUAUGGCACUGCUUUGAUCUACGAUACCAUUUCUGAGAAACUGCUGCCUUGGGAAGCGUGGGGUAAACAUGUUGACUUCGAAAUUGCGGAGGUGGAGAAUCCGUUUGAGAUGGAGGAUGCGAAGGCUGCCGAGGAGAUUCUCGGGCCUUGGAUAGAGAAGAUGUUGAAGCUGGAAUGGGUGCCUUUUGGGGAUGAGAUUGUGACGGAGCCGGAUAGGGAUGAUGUGAAGAUAGCAAAGGGUGAUGUCGAUCUCGUGGCAGAUAUUCAGCUGCGGUUCGUCAAGUUCAGUGUCCGUCAGGUUUACAUGGCCUGUGGUUGGAAUGACAAGGCCAAAGACCUGCAUGCCGCGAAGAGGGCGUUUGAUGACGACUCAUUUGAGCAUAAGAAGCAAGAGUGGAUGAGUCAAACGCAGAGAGUUCUUGAUCAAGCAUACGAAGAACAGUGGGAGUGGUCGAGCAUAAGGACAGAAUUGGAUAUUGAGGGAAGUGGUCCGAUCGCACUACUUGAUGACUGUUUACCCGAAGGACAGCAAAUGAGACACCUUCGGUUUUGA